UGUCCUCUAAACCCCGAAACCCUAAUAUAACCCCCAUAUCACCAACCCAUUUCAUUUCAUUCCAGAACCAUCUCCUUAUCCACAUCCAAAACCCCUCACACUCUCCCAUGGCGUCCGCAAACGCAAUCUCCACACCUUCAAUCCUCUCUUCACACAAGAAAGCGAGUGUUAUUGAUGCUAGCAAGAGAACUCUUCAGUUUCAGCCUGGUCAGAAGAUGAGACGGUCCAACCGGCGGUUUGCGGUUCGAGCUGCGGCUAAAGAUAUUGAAUUUGAUCAGCGGUCCAGAGCUGCCAUGCAGGCUGGGAUUGAUAAGCUUGCUGAUUGUGUUGGACUUACUCUUGGCCCUAGAGGGAGGAAUGUUGUGUUGGAUGAAUAUGGUUCCCCAAAGGUGGUUAAUGAUGGAGUUACAAUUGCAAGAGCGAUUGAACUACCUGACCCUAUGGAAAAUGCUGGUGCAGCUCUUAUCAGAGAGGUGGCAAGCAGAACCAACGACUCAGCCGGUGACGGUACAACCACAGCAUCGGUUCUUGCCCGUGAAAUUAUUAAACUUGGUCUCCUGAGUGUCACGUCUGGUGCUAACCCGGUGUCAUUGAAGAAAGGUAUUGAUAAGACUGUAGCGGGUCUAAUCGAAGAACUGGAGAAAAAAGCACGACCCGUGAAAGGCCGUGAAGAUAUUAAAGCUAUUGCUUCAAUCUCUGCUGGAAACGAUGAUAUCAUUGGAACCAUGAUUGCUGACGCUAUUGACAAAGUUGGACCAGACGGUGUCUUGUCUAUCGAGUCAUCGUCCUCUUUUGAGACAACGGUUGAUGUUGAAGAAGGAAUGGAGAUUGAUAGAGGAUACAUCUCCCCGCAAUUUGUUACCAACCCUGAGAAACUACUAGUUGAAUUCGAGAAUGCUAGGGUUCUUAUUACCGACCAGAAGAUAUCUUCAAUAAAGGAUAUAAUUUCAAUAUUGGAACAAACCACUCAGUUAAGAGCUCCUUUGUUGAUUGUUGCCGAAGAUAUUACCGGUGAGGCUCUGGCUACACUUGUCGUGAACAAACUUCGCGGUAUUCUCAACGUUGCCGCUAUUAAAGCACCUGGUUUUGGUGAGAGAAGGAAGGCUUUGCUACAAGAUAUUGCCAUCGUCACAGGAUCCGAGUAUCUAGCAAGUGAUAUGGGUCUGCUAGUUCAAAACGCCACCGUGGAUCAACUCGGUACCGCUAGGAAGAUCACAAUCACCAAGGACUCAACAACCAUCAUUGCCGACGCAGCAACAAAGGACGAGAUUCAAUCUCGAAUCGCCCAGAUCAAAAAGGAAUUAUUUGAGACCGACUCUGUUUACGACACUGAGAAACUAGCGGAAAGAAUCGCAAAGCUAUCAGGUGGAAUUGCUGUUAUUAAAGUCGGUGCCGCAACCGAAACCGAAUUAGAAGACCGAAAGCUACGUAUUGAAGAUGCUAAAAAUGCAACUUUUGCUGCUAUUGAAGAAGGUAUAGUUCCUGGUGGUGGUGCUGCGUUUGUUCAUCUAUCGACAUUGGUUCCAGCCAUUAAAGAAACGAUCGAGGACGCAGAUGAACGGUUAGGUGCAGACAUCAUUCAAAAGGCGUUGGUGGCACCGGCAUCUUUAAUAGCUCAGAAUGCGGGAGUUGAAGGUGAAGUGGUGGUGGAGAAAGUAAAGGAGAGUGAAUGGGAGAUGGGUUACAAUGCGAUGACAGAUAAGUAUGAGAAUUUGGUGGAGUCUGGGGUGAUUGAUCCAGCAAAGGUGACGAGAUGUGGUCUGCAAAAUGCGGCUUCGGUUGCGGGUAUGGUUCUGACCACACAGGCUAUUGUGGUUGAGAAGCCUAAGCCUAGGGCACCGAGGGCUGCUGAACCACAAGGUCUUACUGUAUGAUUGAUUAACAAGUUUAGAGGUGAUAUUGGACCAAAUAGGGUCAAUUUUUUGUACCAAUUUGAGAUGGAACUUUUUUAUGGCCAAAUGUAAUCCGACAGUAUUCGUGCUAGUUUUUCGUUACUUGUUUUCUUAGAUCACUACUCUUAUGAACAUCCAUUCAGUUUUCCACUUUUCUUAUCAAGAAUAAUAAAAUGCAAGAUAUGAUCAUUGGUGUA